AUGAAAAUGUCUGUCUGCGUCCAUGAGAACCGCAAGUCACGUGCCAGCACCGGCUCCAUGAACAUCUACCUGUUCCACAAGUCGUCGUACGCUGACAGCGUCCUCAUGCACCUGAACACGCUGCGGCAGCAACGUCUCUUCACCGACGUCCUCCUCCACGCCGGGAGCCGCUCCUUCCCCUGCCACCGUGCCGUGCUGGCCGCCUGCAGCCGCUACUUCGAGGUAAAGACACUGUUUACCAAGGCAGGGAACUGUUAGUGUUUCCCAUUGGAAAACAUGUCACUUUUAGCUGCCAUGCUAACACUAGCUGGGCUAAAUGCUAAUGAGCUAAUGCGCUAACUCUUGGUUUCCCACCCCCUUGUUUGUCUGUCAGGCUAUGUUCUCUGGAGGUCUCCGGGAGAGCCAGGCCAGCGAGGUUGACUUCAGGGACUCCAUCCACCCUGAGGUCCUGGAGCUGUUAUUAGACUACGCCUACUCCUCCCGCGUGGUCAUUAACGAGGAGAACGCAGAGUCCCUCCUGGAGGCCGGGGACAUGCUGGAGUUCCAGGACAUCCGGGACGCCUGCGCUGAGUUCCUGGAGAGGAACCUGCACCCGUCCAACUGCCUGGGCAUGCUGCUGCUGUCCGACGCCCACCAGUGCACCAAGCUGUCCGAGCUCUCCUGGGGCAUGUGCCUCAGCAACUUCCCCGCCAUCUGCAAGACGGAGGACUUCCUGCAGCUCCCCAAAGACAUGGUGGUGCAGCUCCUUUCCCAUGAGGAGCUGGAGACAGAGGACGAGAGGCUGGUCUAUGAGGCCACCCUCAACUGGGUCAACUACGACCUGGAGAGGAGGCACUGCCACCUGCCGGAGCUGCUGCAGACCGUCCGCCUGGCGCUCCUCCCUGCCAUCUUCCUCAUGGAGAACGUGUCCACGGAGGAGCUGAUCAACGCCCAGUUAAAGAGCAAGGAGCUGGUGGACGAGGCCAUCCACUGCAAGCUGAAGAUCCUCCAGAACGACGGGGUGGUGAACAGCCCCUGCGCCCGGCCCAGGAAGACCAGCCACGCCCUGUUCCUCCUGGGAGGGCAGACCUUCAUGUGUGACAAGCUGUACUUGGUGGACCAGAAGGCCAAGGAGAUCAUCCCCAAGGCGGACAUCCCCAGCCCCAGGAAGGAGUUCAGCGCUUGCGCAAUCGGCUGUAAGGUCUACGUGACCGGUGGGAGGGGCUCGGAGAACGGUGUGUCCAAAGACGUGUGGGUCUACGACACCGUGCAUGAGGAGUGGUCCAAGGCGGCGCCCAUGCUCAUCGCCCGCUUCGGCCACGGGUCAGCCGAGCUGAAACACUGCUUGUACGUGGUUGGAGGACACACGGCAGGCACCGGCUGUCUCCCCGCCUCGCCCUCGGUGUCCCUGAAACAGGUGGAGCAGUUCGACCCGGCGACCAAUAAGUGGACCAUGGUGGCGCCGCUGAGGGAAGGCGUGAGCAACGCGGCGGUGGUCAGUGUCAAAUUGAAACUCUUCGCCUUCGGAGGCACCAGCGUCACCCACGACAAACUACCCAAGGUGCAGUGCUAUGACCCGCAGGAGAAUUGCUGGGUGGUACCCGCCUCCUGCCCGCAGCCCUGGCGCUACACUGCCGCCGCCGUCCUCGGCAACCAGAUCUUUGUGAUGGGCGGGGACACAGAGUUCUCUGCAUGCUCGGCCUAUAAGUUCAGCAGCGAUACCUACCAGUGGACUAAAGUGGGAGACGUGACGGCCAAGAGGAUGAGCUGCCAGGCCGUGGCGUCAGGUAACAAACUCUACGUGGUGGGGGGCUACUUUGGCACGCAGCGGUGUAAGACUCUGGACUGUUAUGACCCGACGCUGGACGCUUGGAACAGCAUCACUACCGUACCCUACUCCCUCAUCCCCACUGCCUUCGUCAGCACCUGGAAACAUCUCCCAGCCUGAGCCGGAUGGCAUUCUGGGAUAGCCCCACACCUCCAUCCCAACCCCCCCCCAGAUGGAGAUCUAUGGGAGAUCAGUCCUCCGG